AUGGACAGUUUUUUAGGUUUGCUGAUAGUUGGAUUUUAUAUAAUAUCAAUAGCUACAUGUAAUAACUGCAAAGUAACCUGUCCAUCAAUAAAAGAAGAUCUCAAAUGUGGUUUUGAUGUGAAGGCAAAAACAUAUACGAUGUUUCCAAGCAAAUGCGCUGUCAGAGCUUACGCCGAGUGUAACAAAAUUGACAUAGUUGAAACACCAUUAUCUUACUGCAUAAAGGCUCACUCGUUGCAGACUCGUAAGAUAUAUGGAGAGUCAUGCCCAGUGUUUUGUCCCAGCCAUUACAGACCAGUAUGUGGUGCGUCCAAGAUUAGAGAUUACAUUUAUAGGACAUUCAACAAUGGGUGCUAUUUAGAUAUGGUUAAUUGCCGAGGAGAUGAGGACUAUUCAGGUUAUGUCGAAGUGCCACUGGAAUUUUGUCAGCGGCAUCUAAUGAAGAACAUAUUCAAAGAACAAGUUGUCGUAUCUAACUUGCAUGAUUUUCGGAACUACGAUUAA